AACCUCCUCGAAAUUACUCCUAUAAAAGCCCCCAAACCCUUCACGUUGGGCUUUCGAUUUUCCUCUCUGCCGCGCCUCUGAGCUCCUCAGAAGAUUAAACAAACCCUAGAAAUCACCAUCUCAGAAAGGGAGGUGAGAGAAAGACACAGCUAAUUGCAUAGGUAACCUUCUUUCUCUCACCUCACUCGCUUGCUGCCGCUCUUGGAACCAAAUCUGAGCUCAGAUUUUUCAUCAGCGAUGGCAGCGUCAGUCCAGCAAGCCUCAGUUCCUCCUGAUGUUGUUGGUAAUGCGUUUGUUCACCAAUACUACCUCAUCUUGCAUCAGUCGCCCGAGCUUGUUCACCGAUUCUACCAGGAUGUUAGUAGGCUUGGUCGUCCAGAUGAGGGUGGGAUCAUGAGUACCACAACCACCAUGCAUGCCAUAAAUGAGAAGAUACUCUCACUUGGUUAUGGAGAAUUCAGAGCAGAAAUUAUCACAGUUGAUUCACAAGAAUCAUACAAUGGAGGAGUCCUUGUCCUUGUGACAGGAUAUUUGACUAGAAAUGAUAAUAUUCGACGGAAAUUUACUCAGACUUUCUUCUUGGCACCUCAAGACAAAGGCUAUUUUGUUUUGAAUGAUGUCUUCCGUUAUGUUGAUGAUGCCAAGCAUCAAAACGGAAAUCUUGAUGUUGCCAAUGGUGUUGAAGCUCCAGUUACUCCUAACCAGGAAAUUCCUUCUUUGCUAGAAAAUCACAUUGCUGAGCAAACAAGUGCUUUCUCUGAGGAAGCCAAUGGAGAGGAAGUGUGCAAUCCUUUUGAGAAUGGGGAUGGAGCAAUUGAAGAAGCAGCAGCACCAGAGCCUGAAGUUGUUGGUGAAAUUCCUGAUGAUUCGCAGAUGGUGAUUGAUCCACGGAUUGUGGCUGAGUCUAAUGCUAAGAUUGAAGAAGUGCCAAAAAAGUCAUAUGCAUCCAUUGUAAAAGUUAUGAAGGAGAACGCCACACCUUUUCCAAGCCCUGCCCCUGCUCCAUCUCCUCUAAGGUCUGCAUCGAAAAGCCAAGAACAAGUAACUACUGCAGUGACUCUUGUAGUGGCAUCCGAGACACAUGUCUCGACUUCAGACACUACUGAAAAUGGGAAUUCUCAAGAGAGUGAAGCCGAGGGUACUUCUAUUUACGUGAAAGGCCUACCAUUAGAUGCUACGCCUGCCUUACUCGAGAAUGAGUUUAAGAAGUUCGGACCUAUUAGGUCUGGUGGUAUUCAAGUUAGAUCUCAAAAGGGAUUUUGUUUUGGCUUUGUUGAAUUUGAAACAACAAGUGCUGUGCAAAGUGCAUUACAGGCUUCUCCUAUCAUGAUUAGUGGAUGUCGGGCUGUAGUUGAGGAAAAGAGGUCUACUUCUCGAGGGAACAAUAGGGGGCGAUUUUUUGGAGCAGGGGCUGGAUAUAGGAAUGAGGGAGCAAGAGGGCGUGGAAAUUUUGGAGGGGGUAAAGCCUAUGGCCGAGGUGAUUUCAGUAACAGGACAGAGUUUGGAAAUAGGAAUGGUAACCGGGGUGGAUUUCAAAAUCGUGGAGGUGAUGGAUACCGUAGGAACGAUAAGAUGGGGAAUAACGGUGGGCGUGCAAACCGUGCUGGUGGUUUGGCUUUUAAUGCUGCAGCUAAAACAACAGUACCACGGGUAUCUGCUACUGCUUGAAGAUGUGUAAAAUGGAAAGGAGGUAGUCAGAAGAGAUCAAAGAAGUUUUGUGGUUUAGAGGAGAGGUUAGCGUUAAAGGAGAUGAUACAUUUGGACUGGUAAGCUUCAUGAGAUUUUUGUUGAGGAUUUGGUUGUCUUUGAUAGAGAGUCUAUUUUUGGGCGGACGGAAAGCAGUAAAGUUUUGUGUCUGGUAAUAUACUAAUUUGAUGUCUGAUUCCCCAUGAUAAAAGGAUGGAGUCCACUUUUUGGCAAACCUUCAACGAAUAGUUUGUCUGGGUUUCGAUGCUCUUAUGACUUGUUAACAGUUCAAUCAAGCUAUUGUUCAUGCAUGGAGUCGAUUUGUUGUCUUAAAUAUUCCUGUAGCUGUGAAAAUUCUGUUAUUUUAGAGAUUAUUGGAAAUUUUGGUUGGUCAUACAUUAUUUUGCCUCUAAAAUGAAGCGUUUCAAUUCAUCA